GUGGAAAAGAAGAAGUAAAAACAGGGUGAUCAUUUCUGCAAACUGCCGUUUGUCAGUCGCUGAACCCCUCGUGGGAAAACUCGUCCCCGCCUCUUCGACGCGCCGAGCGUAAAACUCCCUGAUAGUUUCCUGGCUGCUCAUUUUCAUGAGCAGCUUCAGUGAGCAUUCUGGCUGAAUGACUGCAGCUCGUGGGCGUGAGAUUACCUCAAACCCACCUUCUUGGUUUCAGUUGUUCAGGCAGCCGCAGGCAGCAUGUUGAGCCGAGCCGCUCAGCUGGAUUCAAAGAGUGGAGGUUCUCUGAGUUUCCUCAUUUUUGGUUUGAUGCUGAUCAUUUGCUCCAUGUUCUGCCCUCCUUCCCAGGCUUCCACAGAGAGCUGCAAAAAGGUCAACCCAACGUUUGUCAGUCUCCAGCGCUGUAGGCAUCACCCAGACGGAGUCCGGGACUUGGACUGCUUUAGUCGCCAUUACCAACCAACGUACAACUGUACGUGGAGGCCGGGACGCAACGCAGCUCACAACACGUACACGCUCGUUGUCACCCAAAAAAGCAAAAAGAUCUUUCAGAAUAUUUCUAAUUUUCAUCAAACAAUCCGCAGACAAAAAAACACAAAUUUGAGUGUGGAGAUCUUUGAGAACCUGCACUCUGACCACUGCACCACAGCCGUUUUCCACGGUUCUCCAAAGAGUCUGUGUAAGUCCUUACACUGUCUUUUUUAUCAUUUUUUUAUAGCUUUAACAAGAACUUCUUUGUUUAUUUUAGUGCGUUGUGAGCCUCCGGUAAAUGUGAGCUUGAGCCGCAGCGAUGGAGAGCUACGUGUGACCGUAACCUGGAAGCAGGAGGACGCAAAGCUAAUCAACAAGUUUGCUGUCAGAUAUAAAGUCCUGGACAGUCCAAACUGGGAUGAGUCGAUUGUGGAGUCCCUCGAUGCAAACACGUGCAGAGUGAGGAACCUGAACACCUCGCUGGUUUAUGCUGUGCAGGCCCGAUGUGUCACUAAUGAGAGGUGCUCUCAGUGUCCGUGGAGCAGCGUUUACAUCGUCCCAAGGGAGCUCACAACUCAGCACGCUGUCGUCAGCAUCAAAGACACGGACAUUCCUGAGGAAACAGGCCAAAGGCUGAUCUCUGCAGCCUUCAAGCUACAUGAUUGCCACCGCCUGACCAUCGGGAAAGUGUCGGGAGAGCCCCCACGCCAGCAGGUGGACACCUGUCUGUCGGAUUUCCGGUUAAUCCUCUCAUAUUCAGCCUAUCAGAUCAACAUCAGCACGUACAACAAUGCAAGCGUCUCUACACCCGUGAGCCACAUCAUUCCAGAGCGGGAGACAAUGCACGACGACAGGAGGCUGAAUGUGACGGUCCACAACAGCACAGCUUUUUCCAUCCGCUGGAAGCCAGAUGUCCUCAAAAUGUUCAUCUGCUAUUCAGUGGAGUGGAAGGGAAGUGGGCAAGCAGCGCGCUACAGGUCCUUUUAUGAGGACAUCAACUACUAUAAGACCUUAUCUCCUUUACCAGAGCCUCUGGAGCCUUACAAAAGAUACAGCAUCGUUCUGCACACCAGACCCGAUAAGGACACCUGCAACAUGAAAAAGGUCAACAACAGUGAGAGCACCUAUGGGAGGACGUACGUUUAUUUCCUGGAAGGCUCUCCUGUGGGGGCUCCUGCAAACAUCAGCAGCCACAGCGUGACGCUGAAUUCAGCGUUGGUGCGGUGGUCGCCCAUCCCAGAGGAGCAGGUCAGAGGAUUUCUGCGUGGUUACAUCCUUCACUUCGCCCACAGCAACCAGAGAGGAGUGAGGACAGAGACCAACAUAACAGUGGGUCCUACCUUUAACAGCUGCAAACUGCAGGAGCUCAAAGUCGACACCAUGUACCAGGUCCAGGUGUCCGGUUUCACCUCUGCUGGUGCAGGAGUCAGAAGUGCAACAAUCUUUUUUAAGACAGAUCAUGAAGGACAUUUCCAUUUCAGAAAUGUCAUCACAGUUCUUGCAGUUGUGAUCACUGUUGCGAUUGUUGGAACCCCGAUACUAAAAAGAGCCAAAUCUGUGUUUUGGCCAAACAUACCAAACCCUGGAAACAGCAGUGCUGUGCAGAAAAUAGAGGGUUCCUGUCAGCUGGAACUUCUGGGAAUACUUGCCACUCUGAAGGUAGAAGAAUGGGACACGGAGAGUCUCCAGAUUCUUGAAAAUGACUCUUUGGUCCCUGCUUGCACAUUCGCCACGGUGUUGCCACCCCUCGGUGCCUUCGAGCUGGAGGGAGACCCACCAGAGAUGACUUCCAAGUGGAGCCAGAAGGACCUACAAGAUGGAGACCUCUCACCUGUUCUAGAGGCGGAUACAUUUCUGGAGAAGCGACAGACAGACUGCUUGGGACCUCCGGUGGCUUUUUCAAGUGACUACACCACCAUGGAAAUGUUCCAGCAAAUGAUACCAGAGACUCCGGCACAUGAGGGGAUGAAAAACAAGUCAGGGGAUAUUACAGUGGUCCGAACAAAACUAGACUAUGUACGGCAGUUUAGCACCGGUUCGACGUCAGACUCUCAACAGAUGUUCACCAUUUUUUGACAGAAGCGGGACGGCAACAAACACUACGACACUGCAACCUAUGAAAUGAUUCUUAUAGAGUCAGAACCAAACUACAAACAUGUAUUUAUGAAGAAUAACACGUUUUUUAUUUGAUUUAUGGACUGCAAAUGAUUCAACAACCAGCUGGUUGUUGGCAACUUUUCCUAUGCCACCAAUAUUCCGGAAAAUGAGCAAGAAGCAUGGCAGGUUUUACAGUUGUGCACACUUAUGGACUUUCUUUGUGAUGUUGUUCUCCGUUAAUUUCCUGUCUGUAGCAGUCUUCAUAUUAAAUGAGGAACGAGUGGACGACAAAAAAAGAAAAGAGGAAGCAAAGAAA